AUGGACGACGACACCUCUUUUCAACCAAAAAAUAAAUCCAAAAUGGAAGAACUGUUUAUGGAAUGUGAAGAAGAAGAGUUGGAACCUUCGCAGAAGAAAGUAGAAGCUGAGGAAGAUGAUGAUGAGCUGAUCUUUGUUGGAGCGGUACCAGGUUCAAAAUCAUCUGCUUCAAAUACUGUGAACAGGGGUAGUCCCAGCUCAUCUUCAAAGGAAAUAAAGAAUGAGACAGUCAGUCAAGGUAUUGCUGAUGCUUUCAUGCCUUUAGGUGACGAAUUCGAAGACUCGACAUCAAGUCCAGAGGUUGCCUUUCCUAGAUUUCAUCCUGAGUCUAAAUCUUCACAAAGCUCUGAUACCAUUCAGAACUUGGCUCAAUGUGAUUUUACAAAGACUUCAUCACAAGUUGAGUCAGAUGAGUCUUCAGAGACAUUCUGCUUGAGCCAGAGUACAAUAUCACUGUCUCAAGAUGGAUCAACAGCUUAUACAGAAGGUCUAGAUGAAACUCUGUCUAAAAUAAAACAUUCUGAUAUUUCUAAAGUAAACACUGUUAAUCCAAAAAAGCCAAAGACCAGCGAACAUGUUUCUGAAAUAAAUCCUUGUGCUUCAUUGUCUUUAAUUUCUCCUUCAGCGACAUCUUCCUGUGUCAUGUUGUCAAAAGGUUCACAAGGCUCACCAACUUCCAAUAAAACUGGAACAUUUUUUGUAAGAGCUUGUCCGAAGUGCAAUGUUCAGUUCAAUCUUUUGGAUCCUUUGAAAUAUCACAUGAAGGUUUGUUGUCCAGACCUGGUAGAUGCAUUUUUGGAAACGAUUAAAGUAGAGCUUUCAAGCACUGAAAAUAGAAAUACGACUGGUGGAGAGAAAGGAAAAUUGAUUAUGUUAGUUAGUAACUUUUACUAUGGAAAACAUGAAGGAACUUUGGAGGAAGACGAGAAGACUUACACAACCUUUAAAUGCUACAGUUGCUUGAAAAUUCUUAAAAAUAAUAUUAGGUUUAUGAACCACAUGAAGCAUCAUUUGGAACUUGAGAAGCAAAACAGUGAGAGUUGGGAAAACCACACCACCUGCCAGCACUGCUACCGUCAGUACCCGACGCCAUUCCAACUGCAGUGUCACAUUGAGAAUACACAUACUCACCUUGAGUUUUCUACUAUUUGUAAAAUCUGUGAAUUAUCGUUUGAAACAGAACCUGUUCUUCUGCAACAUAUGAAGGGCAGUCAUAAACCUGGUGAAAUGCCAUAUGUUUGCCAGGUUUGCCAGUAUAGAUCAUCAUUAUUUUCUGAUGUAGAAACUCAUUUUAGAGCAACCCAUGAAAAUACUAAGAACUUGCUGUGUCCGUUUUGCCUCAAAGUUAGUAAGAUGGCAAAUUCCUACAUGAAUCAUUACAUGAAGCAUCAGAGGAAAGGAAUUUAUCGUUGUACACAGUGCAGACUGCAAUUUUUGACCUACAAGGAGAAACUGGAACACAAGUUUGAACAUCGGACAUUUCUAAAGCCUAAAGAGCUAGAAGGAUUGCCUCAUGGUACAAGAAUCACUAUCCGAGCUUCAAUUGAAACUGUUCAUUCAGGACCAUCAACUUCCAGGAGUAGUCCACCUUCCGGUAGCUCUGCAAGCACUUCUCUUCAGACCUCAUCUUCAAGGUCUAAAAGUACAAUUACUGAAAGUCCUCUAAAAUUUAGUGCAGGUGAACAUAAGACAAAAAAGUUGCAUGCACCUGCAUCCCCUGGAAGUAAACCUAGUACAAGUAAGCAAGGUAGAGGUGCAGGUAAAGGCAGAGCAAAAACCUCUUACAAGCCAAAGAAAAGACCCCACAAGAAGAGUAAACUCAGCGUAGCUUUGAAGAACUUAAGGUUUCGUCGGGGACUAUACAUGUGCAUUGAAUGUCAUUCCAAAAUAAAAGAUUUUGCAAGCCACUUUUCAUUAUUUAUGCACUGUAAUUUUUGCAAAUACAGCACUAACUGUAACAAAGCCUUUGUAAACCAUAUGCUGAGCUUUCAUAGCAACCAGCCAACUAAACGGUUUUAUAUUUUUAAGAAACAUUCUAGAGCUCUCAGGGGCAUUACUGUAGUGUGCCUUAAAUGUGAUUUCUUUGCUGAUUCUUCUUCUCUCGAUCGUAUGGCUAAACACUUGAGUCAACGCAAAACUCACACUUGCCAAGUUAUAACAGAGAAUAGUAUCAACAAGGGUGUCACCGUUCUCUGGAUUCCUGUGUCCCCUUUCCUCUGGGUGCAUCCUGGUAACAGCCCAUUCACACGUCCUCUUGCUCAAUCUGUGGGAGAGUUGGGGACCACCAGGCCGGCCUGCUGCUGCCAGCAGAAAGUUCUGGGGCUGGAAGACUUGGUGGAGCCUGGGGCUUCUCAGGAUUCCUGGGGCCACUGUGGGGAGCCCCUGGACUUCUUGGCUGUCCCCAGGUCUCCAAGCCAGAGCAACGUCAUCCUGUGUGAAGGGCCGGGAUGGGGCAGGUGA